AUGGCAUCUCGAUCUUUCUAUGACCUUUCAACAUGCUGCCUCUCUCUCGCUCAUCCAUCGCCCUUUGAAACAUCACCUUCCCGACAAAUCUCCAAGUAUCUCAAGGUCGUUCCCGUCGACGGAAAAGGUUUGGGUGUUGUGGCGACGCAAGACAUCAAGCCGUUCACCCUGUUGCUCGCCGAAUGCCCUGACAUUGCUGAUCUGGAUGAUCGUGAUCGACCAAAAGAGAUAGCUUCCGUUGCCGCGGCAUAUCGUCGUAUGAGCCCCAUUGUCCGAACCCGAUUCAAUGAAUUACACGAAGCAAAGUCUAAAUCAGAAACCCGAGAACUGCGUAUCUGGAGGACCAACGCACUAUACUGGAAUCCCAACAAGGAUCUCAAGGCUGAAUCCAUGGCCGCCUUCCUCAAUAUGUCCCCGCAUCAACCACUCUUCGAUAAAAAGCGAAUGCAUCUUACCUCAACGAAGUCCAUUCAUAUUGGGGAGGAAGUGACAAUUUGCUACAACGACACUUUGUACUACAUGACCCGCGUGGAACGCACUGCUUUUCUACGCUAUACCUAUGACUUUACCUGCCCAUGUCGGGCAUGUACGGAUCGGGAGUUUGGACACAUAAGCGAUCAGAGACGUCAGACAAUCAAGCAGAUCUUCUACUGUGACAUUUUUGGCUGGCUAGUUGCGUUCGACUUCUCUACUAAGAUAGCGAACUAUGAGGAUGCUAUUCGCAUGGUGGUAGAUAGUUCCUUACUCAAGAACAAACAACACAACCUGAACAAUUCUAGAGGGCUCCAGAAACCAGGCGUGCUACGACGGGCAUGCAAGCUUGAGUAUGACGAGGGACUUAUCAACGUGGGCUUGAUCAAGUUCAUAAUGAAUUCAAGUAUGGCGUUCUUGAUCGACCUACAGAUCCGAGGUUCGUCUGGGGAGGAAUGUUCGGACGGGAAUGGAUUUCAACGAACCAUACAGCUCCUGACGGCAUGCGAAUCGUUGCUACGUCAGUUAUACCCGCCAGGGCAUCCAGACCAGGAAGAAGGGGCCCGGGCAAAGGCUGAUAUUCUUCGCCUCUUCUCUGCGGAGAUUAAGUACGACGCAAUGACCAUCGAUGAUUGCCAAGAGCUUAUCUCAACAGCCAUGGAUGCAGAACCUGAUCCGUUGUCCGAAAGGGCGGCGUACGGCUCUUAG